AUGAAAAUACUAUUAUUGGUUCUAAUAAGCUUGGUAGUAUUCAAAUAGGAUAAUAGGCAUUAUGUAAAACAGGCACAGAUCCAAAGAUUGCCUUGGCAGAAAUUGAUGAUCAUCAUAUGGGCAAAACAUUCUUGAAUGCUAUCCAAAUCAGUCUUGCCACUGGUUCACCAGUUCAUGAAAUUCAAAGUUAUAUCAAUAAUAUCAGGUAUUUAAGAAGCAUUACUUUAGAUUCAUGCUCGAAUAAGAACAAAAAGAUGCAGAUCUCUUCAUUUAAAAUACAUAAGCCUCUUGUAAUAGAUUAUUGCACGACUUUUCUACGAACUUAGCCUAUCAUCAAAGCUAAUUGAAGGCUCACUAAAAAAUAGUCGAUGUUAGACAAAUUAUAAUCAUAUUAGGAAAACACUAACAAUCUCUAAAGAUCACUUAACAAAAUUGCAGAAGUGUCUGUGGAGAUUGAAGAAAAUACAAAGAAAACCAAUGCAGGACAGAGCGAAAGAGAUCUAUAAUAUGCAGAAUUCUAAUCUAAAAUCAAGGAUCAUACUGAAGCCAUUUCAGCAAUUGAUGAAGCUUAUGCACUCAUUGAACAUUUGUCUGGAGGUUCUUCAUUUAUUCAAGUUAAGGGAAGAUUCAACAAGGUUCUAUAGAGAUUAUAAAGGUUUUGUUAUUUAAUUAAUUGUUAGUCAAUCAACAGGCUUAUUGUUUUAACCAAUUUUAACAAUGAUGACUCAAUUGUCUUCAAAGUCAGAUUCUGACACUGCCAAGAAGGUGCUUCAAUUGUUGGCCAAUCUGAGAGUCCAAAUAGUUGAAAGCAAAGGAAAUGACGAAUCUAUUGAGAAGCAAUAAAGUUUGAAUUGGUAAUAGUUCUUGGCUGACUUAACAAAUGAGAAAAAUACAUUGUAACAUUUCUAUAUUGAAUAAUCUUUAGAUCAGAUCAGAGGUAGAACUUAGAACAAGCUAUCCUGAAUUAUCAAAGCAUCAUCGAAGAGUCUUCAGGUAAAGUGGAAUAUCAUGCUGUUGAAGUAGAGAGAAAUUAGGUAAGAAGAAACAUAUACAAUAGAAUAACUUAGGAGGAUAAGAUCAAUGGUGUAGAUAACAACAAGACAUCUAUUAGAUGGAAACUCAAUCCAGAGUUUCGACCUAAGAUCUCAUAUCAAGAAUAUCAGAUCACAUCUAAGAUAAGAUUGUUACACUCAAAGAAUAUUUAAGAGAGAGACUACAAUUAAAUUGAUAUUUCAUUAAAUAUUCAUAUUAAUAUAAAGC